AUGUGUAAGGACGAGGAAAAGAAAUCUGAUCACAAAGCGCGAGGUGGUCGACAGUUCUUCGAUCAUCACCUCAAUGGCGAAGUUGCACAAGGAGGCGAAACAGAAGUUAACCUAGGAAUGCCCAUGGAAGAUAGUAGUGUUCUAUCAUCUGAUCUUCAAGAAUUAGCUUGUAAGAGCUUGACACAGUUUAAAAAGACAGAAAGCAGCUUCGCCUAUCCUCCGUAUGCCCAACCUUGCGCACCCUUGUUAAGAACUUUGAAUCUGACGUUGACUCUAACUCUGGCUUUGACUCUGACUCUGACUCUGACUCCAACUCCGACUCCGACUCCGACUCCGACUCCGACUCCGACUCCUACUCCGACUCCGAUUCCGACUCCGACAUCGACUCCGAGUCUGAUUCUGACUAACUCUGACUCUGACUAUGACUAUGACUCCGACUCCGACUUUGAUUCUGACUCCGACUCAGACUCAGACUUCGAUUCCGACUCUGACUGCAAUUCCGACUUCGACUUCGACUUCGGCUCCGACUUCGACUCCGACUCCGACUCCAACUCCGACUCUGACUACGACUACGACUCUGACUCCGACUACGACUCCGACUACGACUCCGACUCCGACUCCGACUACGACUACGACUACGACUCUGACUCCGACUCCGACUCUGACUUCGACUCCGACUCCGACUCCGGCUCCGACUCCGACGCGGACUCCGACUCCGACUCCGACUCCGACUCCGACUCCGACUCCGACUCCGACUCCGACUCCGACUCCGACUCCGACACCGACUCCGACACCGACUCUGGCUCUGGACUCUGA